GAUCAGCAAGAUGAUGAGUAAUACUAAAAACAGAAAUAGCAUCAUAAUUUACACAAUUAUUUUAAAAAUCGAAAAUUUACAUGGAAAUAAGGUUUAAAUGCACUGUUAGUCCCUAAAAUUUAGCACAUGAACGACUUUCAUCCCUAAAGUUUAAAGUGCUCACUUUUAGUCCCUUAGAUGACAUGGAAAAACUUAAAACUGAAACGUCAUCACUCCUUAGGGACUCCCUAAAAUUCAGCACGACUUUGAUUCUUGAAGUUUAAAGUGCUCACUUUUAGUCCCUUAGAUGUCGUGGAAAAACUUAAAACUAACACGUCAUCACUCCUUAGGGACUCCCUAAAAUUUAGCACUUGAGCGACUAAGGGCCGUUUGGUAUGGCAGUCUAAAAACAAUAACUUUAAAAAAGAAAAAUCGUCAAUUUUGUGUUCCAAAAAUCAGAUUAUGAUCAGCAAGAUGAUUCAAGAGUAAUACUAAAAACAGAAAUAGCAUCACAAUUUACACAAUUAUUUUAAAAAACGAAAAUUUACAUGGAAAUAAGGUUUAAAUGCACUGUUAGUCCCUAAAAUUUAGCACAUGAGCGACUUUCAUCCCUAAAGUUUAAAGUGCUUGCUUUUAGUCCCUUAGAUGACAUGGAAAAACUUAAAAUUUACAUGGAAAUAAGGUUUAAAUGCACUGUUAGUCCCUAAAAUUUAGCACAUGAACGACUUUCAUCCCUAAAGUUUAAAGUGCUCACUUUUAGUCCCUUAGAUGACAUGGAAAAACUUAAAACUGACACGUCAUCACUCCUUAGGGACUCCCUAAAAUUCAGCAUGACUUUGAUUCUUGAAGUUUAAAGUGCUCACUUUUAGUCCAUUAGAUGACAUGUAAAAACUUAAAACUGACAUGUCAUCACUCCUUAGGGACUCCCUAAAAUUUAGCACUUGAGCGACUGAGGGCCGUUUGGUAUGGUAGUUUAAAAACAAUAACUUUAAAAAAGAAAAAUCAUCAAUUUUGUGUUCCAAAAAUCAGAUUAUGAUCAGCAAGAUGAUUCAAGAGUAAUACUAAAAACAGAAAUAGCAUCACAAUUUACACAAUUAUUUUAAAAAACAAAAAUUUACAUGGCAAAAAGGUUUAAAUGCACUGUUAGUCCCUAAGAUUUAGCACAUGAGCGACUUUCAUCCCUAAAGUUUAAAGUGCUCGCUUUUGGUCCCUUAGAUGACAUGGAAAAACUUAAAACUAACACGUCAUCACUCCUUAGGGACUCCCUAAAAUUCAGCACAUGACUUUGAUUCUUAAAGUUUAAAGUGCUCACUUUUAGUCCCUUAGGUCAUCACUCCUUAGGGACUCCCUAAAAUUCAGCAUACGACUUUGAUUCUUGAAGUUUAAAGUGCUCACUUUUAGUCCCUUAAAUGAUGUGGAAAAACUUAAAACUGACACAUCAUCACUCCUUAGGGACUCCCUAAAAUUUAGCACUUGAGCGACUAAGGGCCGUUUGGUAUGGUAGUUUAAGUAACACUUUUCAGCUUUUAAACAAUAUUACACAUAUUUCCAAAAAAUACAAACAACGUUACCAAACAGCCCCUUUGAUUCUUGAAGUUUAAAGUGCUCACUUUUAGUCCCUUAGAUGACAUAGAAAAACUUAAAACUGACACGUCAUCACUCCUUAGGGACUCCCUAAAAUUUAGCACUUGAGCAACUUUGAUUCUUGAAAUUUAAAGUGCUCACUUUUAGUCCCUUAGAUGAUGUGGCAAAACUUAAAACUGACACGUCAUCACUCCUUAGGGACUCCCUAAAAUUUAGCACAUGAGCAACUUUGAUUCUUGAAAUUUAAAGUGAUCACUUUUAGUCCCUAAUAUGACGUGGCAAAACUUAAAACUGACACGACAUCACUCCUUAAGAACUCCCUAAAAUUUAGGACAUGAGCGACUUUAAUCCCUAAAGUUGAAAUUUGCUCGCUUUUAGUCCCUUAUAUGACAUGGCAAAACUUAAAACUAACAAUCACUCCUUAGGGACUCCCUGAAAUUUAGGACAUGAGCGUCUUUAAUCCCUAAAGUUUAAAUUUGCUCGCUUUUAAUCCCUUAUUUGACAUGGCAAAACUUAAAAUUGACACGUCAUCACCCCUUAGGGACUCCCAAAAAUUUAGUAUGAGCAACUUUAAUCCCUAAAGUUUAAAUUUGCUCGCUUUUAGUCCCUUAGAUGACGUGGCAAAACUUAAAACUGACACGUCAUCACUCCUUAGGGACUCCCUAAAAUUUAGGACAUAAGCGUCUUUAAUCCUUAAAGUUUAAAUUUGCUCGCUUUUAGAACCUUAUAUGACAUGGCAAAACUUAAAACUAAUACAUCGUCACUCCUUAAGGACUCCCUAAAAUGUUAAGGAGCUAGCUGCAUCAGGUUGUAUAGCUGAGUGUAGUGUAUAGGUACAUUGGAUUAGAUCAUGACAUGUGCUGAGAUUGUAUUUAGACACGUGAUCUUGAUUGGAUUAAGCAUGUGCUGAUUGUAUGAAGCAUGUGCUGAUAUAUUGGCAGUUAGCUGGGUAGUUAGGCAGUUAGUUAGUUACUUGGCAGUUAGAGAUUGGCAUGAGGGUAUAUGAGAGGAUUGUACGGUGAGGCAGAGGGGUAUGUGAAUGUAAUGCAAUUUUGUUCUUAACCAUUUCCAAUCUUUUCCCUUUUCUUGUGGAGGCCUGGUUGUCCUUGAAAUCAACCAGAAAAAUAUCUUCAAUUGUCCAAAGUCAAUUGACAAAUUGAAGAGACUUAAUAAUUGGCAUCAGAGCAGUAACUGAUCCAUGGCAGAAACAAGAGCUACGACAAAUAGUGAGAAAAUUGCAACUUUAGCUGCCAAGUUCGAAGGGCAUGAUGUUACCUUGUUGGAGAUGAAGCAACAAUUGGUUGUAAUUGCUCAAUUUAUGCAAAAGGUGGAUCAAAGAUUGAGUAAUACAAAGGUACGGGUUCAAGAAGAAAAUCAGAGAGGGAUUCAGAAUGUGGAAAACUCCAUUGUUGUAUCAGGUGCCAAGCCUUUGAGAUUGGAGUUCCCUCAUUUCUCAGGGGUAGAUUCAGCUUCAUGGAUUUACAAGUCUAAUCAAUUCUAUGCUUACUACAACACCCCUGAACAUCAAAAGGCUCUAAUGGCAUUGUAUCACAUGGACGAGGAAGCCUUAAUUUGGUUUCAAGAUGCUGAGAAUUCUGGUUUGUUCAGUGAUUGGAAGGCAUUUGUUAACGCAGUGCAUGUAAGGUUUGGUGCUACUUCUUAUGAUGAUCCAAUGGAGUCACUCACAAGAUUGAAGCAGACCUGUUCUGUUAUUGCUUAUAAAGGGCAAUUUGAGGCUAUUUCUAAUAGGGUUCGAAGCUUGUCUGAGCCUCAAAAACUGAGUUGUUUUCUCAGUGGGCUUAAGGAUGAAGUGAGACUUCCUGUAAGGAUGUUAGGUUCCAAGAACCUUAAUGAAGCUUUUGGCCUUGCUAAGAUGCAAGAGGAGUAUCUCUGGAGUUGUAGAAGGUCUAGCAAGAUUCCUCAUGAUGGUUCAAGACCAUCCAUUCUUGGAAUUCCUAAGCCUAAGAACAGCAUCUCUACAUCAGAAUCAAGAACCAAGGUGCCUCUGCAAAGACUGACAGCUGCUCAUAUGGAAGAAAGGAGGAAGAAGGGUCUAUGUUAUCAUUGUAAUGAGAAGUGGCAGAGUGGACAUCAGUGUAAGGGAGCAAGGAUUUUUCUCUUAGGAGUUUCUUUUUCUCAAGAAUUGCCUUCCUCUGGUCCACAACUUGUGCAGUUGGAGGCAGAUGGGUCUGUGGUCUUGUCAGAAGGUCAGGAUGUGCUGCAAGAUCCACCUGAGAUUACACUAUAUGCAUUAGUGGGCAGUCCUUCUCCAGGCACAAUGAGAAUUGAAGGGAAAAUUCAAGGGCACUGCUUGGUGAUUCUUAUUGACACUAGCAGUACCCACAAUUUUCUAGAUGCUGGGUUGUGUUCAAGCUUGAAGUUGGCCAUUGAUCCAGAUCUAGCUUUUGAUGUGAAGAUAGCCAAUGGGGCUACAGUGAAGUCACUUGGUGCUUGUCAAGAUUUGCAAGUUCAAGUGCAAGGUCAUCACUUUUGUAUGGAUCUUAAUGUGCUUCCUUUAGGAGGGUGUGAUUUAGUUUUGGGUACUCAGUGGCUCAAAACAUUGGGGUUAAUACAGUGGGACUUCAAUCUGCUUACUAUGGCAUUUCAGUGGCUUGGCAAGACAGUGGUUCAAAAGGGAUUGAGGCCAUCUCAUUCCUCCCUUCAAGAUGCAAGCCAUUUCUUCAAGAAACCUGCUAGGAAGGGCCUUUUGUUGUAGAUCACAACCCAACUUUUCACUGCUGAACCUACCUUGCCUGUACUUGAACUAGAGUCUUUAUUGGAAGAAUUUGCAGUUGUGU